AAUCAGGGUGGUCAAUGGGGACAGCAGCUGCUCUGGAAGAGUUGAGAUCUACCAUAAUGAAGAAUGGGGAACCGUGUGUGAUGAUUCCUGGGACAUGAAGGAUGCUGAAGUGGUGUGCAGACAGCUGGGGUGUGGAAAAGCAGUCAGUGCCCCUGAAAAAGCCUAUUUUGGUGAGGGAAGUGGGAAGACCUGGCUGGAUGAUGUUGGAUGCUCUGGUAAUGAGAGCUCUAUCACACAGUGCUCACACAGUGGAUUUGGAAUUGAAGAUUGUUCUGCCAGUGAAGAUGCAGGUGUAUUUUGUUCAGGUGAUACGCGAAUAAGGGUGGUCAAUGGGGACAACAGCUGCUCUGGAAGAGUUGAGAUCUACCAUAAUGGUACAUGGGGAACCAUUUGUGAUAAUUCCUGGGACAUGAAUGAUGCUGAAGUGGUGUGCAGACAGCUGGGGUGUGGAAAAGCAGUCAGUGCCCCUGAAAAAGCCUAUUUUGGUCAGGGAAGUGGGAAGACCUGGCUGGAUGAUGUUGGAUGCUCUGGUAAUGAGAGCUCUAUCACACAGUGCAAACACAAUGGAUUUGGAAUUGAAGAUUGUGGUGCCAAUCAAGAUGCAGGAGUAGUUUGUUCAGUUGAUUCCAGCAUCCAGCUUGCCAAUAGCAGUGGUUACUGCUCUGGAAGAGUUGAGAUCUAUCAUAAUGGUACAUGGGGAACCAUUUGUGAUGAUCCCUGGGACAUGAAUGAUGCUGAAGUAGUGUGCAGGCAGCUGGGGUGUGGAAAAGCUCUCCGUGCCCCUCAAGAAGCCUACUUUGGUCAGGGAAGUGGGAAGACCUGGCUGGAUGAUGUUAAAUGCUGUGGUAAUGAGAGCUCUAUCACUCAGUGCUCACACAGAGGAUUUGGAAUUGAAGAUUGCAAGGCCAGUGAAGAUGCAGGAGUGGUCUGUUCAGGGAAUAUGAAGACGCCAUCACUUGUCCUCCUUACUACAAACACAGCUCUUUUACCUGGGGAGUCGGCAGAGUUCAGAUGUGCCAUAACAUCACAUAGACCGGUGACUGCAAACUUCCGACUGUAUAGAAACCAAGACCAAGAGAGCGAGACCAAGACAGCAGACCAGAAGAUGAUGACGUUCAGUCUUUCUAGUCUGGUUUCCUCAGACCAGGGCAGCUACACCUGUGAUUACUAUUACCAGGGGGCACUCACUGUCAGCUCCCCCAAGAGCAAUGCAAUCACAAUUACAAUUGUUUCUCUCGUUAGGCCCCAGAUAUCCGCACCUGCAGGAGAAGUUACCUGGGGUCAAUCAUUAGGCAUUACCUGCUCAAUCUCAACACAGCACACAGGAGGAUCAUUUACUCUGAAAAAAGGAUCUUUUACAGAAAUGAAGAGCACCAGUGAAAACUCUGUCACCUUCACCAUUCAUCACGCAGACUUUUCUCAUGAGGGCUCAUACUACUGUCAGUAUCAGACAACAGUCUCAAACAGAAAAUUCACCUCCCCUCAAAGCAACACCAUUAGUGUUUCUGUUGUAGUGAGGCUGCAUCUACCUCGUAUCAACUGCACUGCUCCAGAGGGAGGGCUGUCCUGGGGACCUUCAGGGCUGGAGAUAACUAAGGGCUACAGCUUCUCCAUCACCUGUUCCACUCAACCACAGUUCCCUGGUGGAGUUUUCUAUCUGAGUUUCUCUGGAUCCAACAGCCCCAUGACUCAGCCUGCCACCAACCACUCAGCUUCCUUCUACUUUCCAGCUGCAAACUAUUCCCACCAGGGUAACUACAGCUGUGUGUAUCGUGUGGAUGUAUCAUCUCGGCACUUCUACUCCACAGAGACAGAGAAGCUAACCGUCACCAUCAGAGAAUUCAUGGUGCCUUUCAUUGCUGCUGGAGUGACAGGUGGUGUAGUAUUCCUUCUGUUUUUUGGCUUGGUCUGCAUCUUUUGGGCUCGGAGGAAACAGACCAACACAAGGCAGACAACUUGGAAGUGCACUAGAAGACAAUCUAAAGAUAAAGAUGAAGAUGAAGACCAGGAUGACUAUGAAAAUGUAGAAAUGGAAGAUCAAGAUGACUUUGAAGAUGAAGACCAGGAUGACUAUGAAAAUGUAGAAAUGGAAGAUCAAGAUGACUAUGAAAAUGUAGAAAUAGAAGAUCAAGCUGACUGUGAAGAUGACGACCAGGAUUACUAUGAAAUUGUAGAGGACUAUAUGGAGGAGCUUGACACAGGACUUGAGGUUGAGAAUAUUUAUGGUAACUGUUAAUAUCAAACAAUAUUUGACUUAGACGUGGAUGAUGACCUAUGGGUUUUUUUACUAGUGGCUUCAUAGUGCCAAACACAAAGAACAUUUAGCAUAUUUAAAAACACAAAGCAAUUCAGAAAAGAUAUAUGAAAAA